AUGGUUGGAACGGUCCAUACAGACAGUGACGACAAGUCAAUGUGUAGUGCAUCCAAGGUGUUGAAGUGCACCACCGAUGACACCCAUCCUCCGGCCACUGAACCACCACAAGCACCCAUCCUGCCUGCUCCUGCACCAAACGUCGACACCACCACACCUGAAACCACCAGCAAAUGGGCAAGUGUCGAAGAAAUCGAUGAAGAUGAUGAGGGGUGGGAUACAUUGAUUUUGGAGGAGGAAGAGUCUGAUGUUGAUUUGGUGGACGACGACAAACCGUCGUUGAGCCCAAGCCGAGCCGCGGCUUUGGCCUGGCUUUGGCCCACGGCUCGGCCUGAGGUUUUGCAAAGCCCAAGCCCCCAAAAGCCGGGCCCAAGCCGGGGCUUUCAGGCCGAGCCGGGCCUGCACAUCACUAGUAGCUACCAAUGCAUGAGGAGGGUUGUGCGAGAGAGGGUGCGAGAGAGUGCAGUGGAUAUACUGUAUGAGAGGGGAGGAUGUGAGAGGGUACAAGAGAGGAUACAAGAGGGUAUGAGGGAGGAUGCAAGAGUGUAUGCUGGAUGUAUGAGAGGGUGCAGUGGAGGUCUGAGGGUGCAAGAGGGUGCACAGGAUGUACGAGAGGGUGUGCGAGAUGUACGAGAGGAUGCAGUAGAGGUCUGA